GACACUUGUCAGGAAGGGUUCGCAAGAAGGACAGAGGAGUACUGUGUCUCCGCUCUUCAACAAAUUCCGUUAAAUUGACCUAAUAUUUUUCUCCCUCUGGAUACUGGAUAUUUUUCUUGGUAAGUUCUGGAAUCAAAUAGCCGACAAACGAUACUUAAAAUCCGUCUAGAGAGGAGCUACAACUUGGUUGAAGCGUCUAAUAUAGCUACUGAACGAAACGGAAGUAACUUGCCAGCUGUCUGGCUAAGCUCGCGAGUGUCUGAAUGCCAACUCUGUGGGCGAUGGAGUUGAGCAGGCAACUCUGUGGGAAGAUGAGGAGGUCCAGUAAGAGGGCCCAACUCUCCUGUUCUCCUACUUCUACUUGGGGCCUGGAAAUCCACUUUUACACACCGGAGGUGCACCAGCUAGAGUACUUCAAAGGCUGCUACACCGCGUUGGAGCUCUGUGUGGAUGCUGCCAAGAAAUGCUCAAUCUCUCCCUUGUGCCAUAACCUAUUUGCCCUCUACGAUGACACAACUGGCAUGUGGUACCCCCCCAACUAUGAGUUCAAUAUCACAGAUGAAACCAGUGUCAAGUUGCACUAUCGCAUGAGGUUUUAUUUCAGAAACUGGCAUGGCACCACUGAAGGAGAAUCUCCAGUUUGGAGACACUGCAUCAGUAAACUCAAAGGAGGAUUUAGCCCACAGAAAACACCAGAAGGAACUCCCCUACUGGACGCUGCCUCUCUCGAGUACCUGUUUGCCCAGGGCCAGCAUGACUUUCAGACAGGCGUGGUUCCACUGAGGAUGUCCCACUCAGAGGCUGAGCAACACGAGAUAGAAAACGAAUGUUUGGGCAUGGCUGUGCUUGCUAUCACUCACUAUACCAUGGAUAUGCCCAUGCCCAUUGCUUCCCAUGAAAUCAGCUACAAACGUUUCAUCCCAGAGUCGCUGAACCGCAACAUUAAGCAGCGCAACUUCCUGACACGCAUCCGCAUCAACAAUGUCUUUAAGAAAUUCCUCAGUGAGUUCAACCGCCGCACAAUGAAGGACAGCAACAUCACGCUGUACGACCUGAAGAUCAAGUACCUGGCCACACUGGAGGGCCUGACCAGCGGCUUGGGCAGCGAGCUGCAUGAGCCCAUCUCGCUCAGUGUAACGCAGGAAGGAGAUGUCUGCAAUGGAGGUUACUAUGGGCACAUCAACCAGAGCCAAGGACAGAGCAAGAGUGAGAACAUGGAGACUAAUCGUGACAUGGAGGUCCUGGUUACUGGUACCACUGGCAUUUCCUGGAGGAAGAAGCCUUCUACAACACCCGUGAUCGCCAAAGAAAAGGGCAAGUCGAAGAAGAACAAGUUGGAUGGAAAACAGAAAAAUAACAAAAAGACAGAGGCGAAUGACAGCUGGGUAGUAUUCUGUGACUUCCAUGAGAUCACACACGCUGUCAUCAAAGAGGCGACGGUCACCAUCUACAGACAGGACAACAAGAGGAUGGAGUUGCACAUGGCUUCUAGGGGUGAGGCUCUGUCCUUUGCAGCCCUCGUGGAUGGUUACUUCAGGCUGACAGUGGAUGCCCACCACUUUCUGUGCAAGGAGGUGGCCCCUGCUUCAGUGGUGCACAACAUCAACAACGGCUGCCACGGACCCAUCUGCACGGAGUAUGCCAUCCACAAGCUGCGUCAGGAGGGCAACAAGGAGGGUACCUACAUCCUGCGCUGGAGCUGCACUGACUACCAGUACAUCAUCAUUACUGUGGUCUGCAAUGAGAUCGACCUGAGGGAGUCACGUUCUGUGUGUCAGUAUAAGAACUUCCAGAUUGAAGUGUCCUCGGAAGGGUUCCGCCUGUACGGCACUGAAACGUUUCGGGCCACUCUUGUUGAGCUGCUGGACCACCUGGAGGGCCAAAGCCUUCGCACCGACAACCUCCAGUUCCAGCUGCUGCGCUGCUGCCCUCCACAGCCCAGAGAGAUUUCUAACCUGCUGGUGGUCACUAAAGAAAGAGCACCGACCCCUCAGACUCCCAUGCAGGAGAGUCAGCUCAGCUUCCAUCGCAUUCUCAAGGAGGAGAUUGAACAGGAGGAGCACCUUGGACGGGGAACAAGAACCAACAUCUACUCAGGCACCCUGAGGGUGAAGAGUGAGGAGGAUGAGGAUGCAGGUUACUCAUCCUUCCAGGAGGUCAAGGUGGUCCUUAAGGUGCUGGGUUCUGGACACAGGGACAUCUCCCUGGCCUUCUUUGAAACAGCCAGUAUGAUGCGACAAGUGUCCCAUAAACACAUAGUGCUGCUGUAUGGAGUGUGUGUCCGCCACCAGGAGAAUAUCAUGGUUGAGGAGUUUGUCCAGCUAGGGCCACUGGACUUGUUUAUGAGGAGACAACAGAGCCCACUCGGCACACCAUGGAAGUUCCAGGUGGCCAAGCAGCUGGCCUCAGCUCUGAGCUACUUGGAGGACAAAAAGCUGGUCCAUGGCUUUGUGUGUGCUAAAAACAUCCUGCUGGCCAGAGAUGGACGGGGCACCAAUGAAGGAGGCCCCUUCAUCAAGCUCAGCGAUCCAGGAAUACCAAUCACAGUACUCACCAGAGAGGAGUGUGUGGAUCGUAUCCCAUGGAUCGCUCCAGAGUGUGUGAAGAGCACGUCCUCCCUGAGUGUCGCAGCUGACAAGUGGGGCUUUGGUACGACUCUGUGGGAGAUCUGCUAUGAUGGAGAGGUCCCCCUCAAAGACAAGAAACUCACAGAGAGGGAGAGGUUUUAUGAAACCGAGUGCCAACUGGCCACCCCAGACUGCAAAGAGCUUGCAGAACUGAUGACCCACUGCAUGAACUACGACCCCAAGAAGAGACCUUUCUUCAGGGCAAUCGUCAGAGACAUAGACAUGCUAGAGGAAAAGAACCCAUCUAUCAAACCCCAGCCUACACCAGAGGUGGACCCAACUAUGUUUGAAAAGAGAUUCCUGAAGAAGAUCAGAGAUCUGGGAGAGGGUCACUUUGGUAAGGUGGAGCUGUGUCGCUAUGACCCUCGGGGAGAUAAAACAGGGGAGCUGGUGGCAGUGAAGUCCCUAAAGCCGGAGAACCGGGAGGAGCAGAGCAACAACCUCUCGAGUGAGAUCGACAUUCUGAAGGCACUCUACCAUGAAAACAUUGUCAAGUACAAAGGCAUCUGCCAAGAGGAAGGUAAGAUGGGAAGAGUGCAUACACAAAAAUAAACGGUAACACUUUACUUGAA